AUGAAUCAGUUAAUGUGUUCGUUGCAUAUUUUCCUAAUAGUUUUUAUAAUUAAUUGCAAUUCACGAAGUUCAAGUAACAAAGAUCUUAGUGAUGAGUGCAGUCUUGAAGAAAAUGAUGGUGUUGAAUGCGAUAACAAUAUAAACAAUGAAGUGAUUAACAAUUCUGUUGCUAAUUUCCUUCCAUGGCCUCAAAACGCUAAGGAGGACUCCUCGUCAGAUCGAAGUGAUAUGAAUUUAAUUCAGGAAGAAAUUAAGUUCGUCAGAGAUGAUAAUGGAUUAGAAGAAGAUUCUACAGAAUUUGAGUCGGCCACCAUCGAGAAUGUAACUUGCGAAUACCAGAAUAGCAGCAUGGAAGAGGAAGAUGAUAGAGAGAAGAGCACACUCGUCGAUUAUCCAUUCUCUGUGUCUAUUCAGAAAAAAGGGGCGCAUUACGUUUCUGGAGCCCUGAUUGAUAAGCGAUUUGUUUUGAGUGUAGCUGCAGAGUUUUAUCACGUCCGGGAUUCCUUAAAAUUAUUUAGAGCGAGACUAGGAUCCGUGGACUGCAAAAGAGGUGGUUCAUUAGUCCCUAUAAAAAAAAUUGAAAUCCAUCCAUAUUAUAUCUAUGGAAAACCAAAUUUUGACAUCGCUCUGUUGAGGAUGGCAGUGCCUGUAGAAUAUUCUGAGAUUUUAAGACCAAUUAUAAUUUCGAAAAUUAUUGGGAAGGUGAUAAGUGCCAAGUUUAUGACAACAUAUUGGCCGAGGAUCGUGGUAAAAGGGAAAACAAUACCAGAAACAGCAAAGGAACGUAUAAAACAUAACAGCAUGCGGGUAUCAACUCAAAAGUUGAUUCCAUCAGAUAUAUGUAAAAAUAUUAUGACCGAUAUGAAAGAAUAUAUCAACGAAUCCAGUAUGUGUCUGAAACCGGUAGUUAGUCAUCAUAGUGUGUGCAUGCCCGAUGCCGGGGCGCCAGUAAUAGCCGAAGAUGGCCUUUGGGGCAUUACGUCUGGUUGGAUAUCGCCAACAUGUCCGACAGUUGCUUCUCCAACAAUAUUUACGCGACUCUCUUCAACAUCUGUGCGCUCCUGGUUGGACAUUCAACUACGUAAUAUUUAG